AUGCCGCCGUGCUGCUCGCUGCAGGCCAGCAAGCUGCCGCCCGAGCAGCGGCGCUGGCGUCGCGCCCACGGCCUGCAGCUGCCGCUGCACCCGCAGCAGGUGGCCGGCUGGCUGCUGCUGCUCGGCCUGGCCGCCGCCGCCCACCUCGUGCUGCUGCCGGGGGCCGGCCCCGCGCUGCGCCCGCCCCUGCAGUGGGGCCUCGCCGCCCUGCUCGUCGCACACCUGGCCGCCCACCUCACCGCGCUGCUCACCGACCCCGCCGACCCGGCCCUGCGCGCCGACCCCGCCCCCGACCCCGCCCCCGAGUUCGACCGCUCCAAGCACGCGCACGUGAUCGAGGACGGCCGCUGCCACCUGUGCAACAUCCGCACCGCCGGCCCGCGCACCAAGCACUGCGGCGUCUGCAACAAGUGCGUGGCGCGCUUCGACCACCACUGCAAGUGGCUCAACCACUGCGUGGGCGGCCGCAACUACGCGUCCUUCGCCGCGUGCGUCGUGUCGGCGCUGGCCGCCGCGCUGCUGGUCGCCGCCACGGCGGGGGUGCAGCUCGUCGCCUACCACGUCGACCCGGCGUGGCUGUCCUUCGACCCGCGCGGCAACUCCUCCGAGCCGGCGGCGGGCUGGGGACCGCCCCCGCCGCGGGGCCACGUCUUCCUCGCGGUGGCCGGCGUGGUCGGCGCGCUGUCGGCCGUCGCCGCGGGGCUGCUGCUGCACCUGUGCCUCUUCCACGUCUACAUCGCCUUCCUGGGCGUCACCACGUACGAGUACAUCCGGCGGUACCGCCAGCGCGCGGCCGACGCGGCGCGCGAGCCGUCCAGGUGCCGGCGGGACGAGGCGGGGUCCUCGGCGGGCGCGUGCUGUCCGCCGCUCAUCAGCCACGCGGAGGGCCGCCCCAAGCCCGCCCCCGAGGAGCGCGGCAGCGACGCGGACCUGGUGAAGGGGGCGGCGGACCGCCGGCGCCGCGCGCGCGGCCGGAGCGCCGCCCUCAAGAGGUUCUGCUCGUGCUCGCUGCCGCCGCAGUCCUCGGGCCGCUCCAACCAGGUGCGCCCCGCGCAGGAGGUGGCCGUCGUGGUCUCGGAGGAGGCGCCGCCGCCCCUCGGGGAGGACGCCGCCGCCCGCGAGUCGUCGCUGCCCGCGCUCGCGCCGCCCUCCCGCCGCCGCCUGCGCAGCGUCGCCGAGCUGCGCGAGCUGCGCGAGACGCUGGCCCUGGUGCAGGCGCCGCACCGCAAGAGGAGCGCGCGCGCCAGGACGCCGGCGCUGUCGCCCAUCCGCGAGUCGGGGCUGUCCAACCCGUCCGGGGGUUCCAGCCCCUCGUCGCCCGAGAUCCCGCGCGUCGUCGAGUCCGUCUUCUGCGAGCCCGCCGCGCCGCACGCGCCGCAAGACGAGCCCGUGUUCGUGGUCCGCGGCCUGUGGCGGGGCGCGGCCUCGCCCUGA